ACAUAAUCUUUGUUAAUACUUUAUUUGGAUGUUUUUGGACUCAAAUUGUUGAAAUCAAUUGCAAUUGGACAUUCAUGUACGAAUGUCUAAUUCUGCAGAUUCUGGGUGCUGUAAAAAUUGAUUGGUGUCUCAUUCAUUAUGGUUUAUGGUGAUUGAUAUUUGUGAGGGGAAGAAUUUGAGAGGGAAAUCUUGAUUGGAUUCUUUCCUGGGUUUGCAAAAAGUUGUAAACUUUGGGAAGGAGGAAAUGUCUAAAUUUGAAGGUGUUCGUGUUAAGGAUCAAAGGCUUCAGAAUCAAUUCUCGCAAGCUCAACUUCGUAGCCUUAAGUCUAAGUUUAUACAUUUAAAGAAGGAAAAUGGUCAAGUAACUACUAGUGACUUGCCACCCUUGCUUGUGAAUUUGAAGCCUUUCAAUGUGAUCUUCAAGGAAGAUGAGAUAAGGGAAAUAUUGUGUGAGCCGGGUACAGAUGAGGGAACAAAACUUGAUUUUGAAGGCUUUCUCGAGGCUUACAUUAAUUUACAAACACAAGCUGCUAAGAAAUUGGGGAAUUCGAAGAACGCAUCUACUUUUCUUAAAGCAACAUCCACGCUACACACUGUACAAAAUUCCGAGAAAGAAGUUUAUGUUGCACAUAUAAAUAGUUAUCUUAGAGAUGAUCCAUUCAUGAAGCAGUUUCUUCCAAUCGAUUCAUCCACCAAUGCUUUGUUUGAUCUUGUUAAAGAUGGAGUUCUUCUAUGUAAACUUAUCAAUGUGGCUGUACCUAAUACAAUAGAUGAUCGAGCUAUAAAUACCAAGAAAGAACUCAAUCUUUGGGAAAGAAAUGAAAAUCAUACUCUUUGCCUCAACUCUGCGAAGGCUAUAGGUUGCACUGUAGUCAAUGUUGGAAGCCAGGACCUGGCUGAAGGAAAACCUCAUUUGGUACUUGGCCUAAUUUCUCAAAUCAUAAAGAUACAACUCCUAGCAGAUCUCAACCUUAGGAAAACACCUCAGCUUCUAGAAUUGAUGGAUGAAGAUGAUGAUGUUGAAGAGCUUGUAACGUUAGCUCCUGAGAAAGUAUUAUUAAAGUGGAUGAACUUUCAUCUUAAGAAAGCAGGCUAUGAAAAAACCGUAACAAAUUUCUCUUCGGAUUUGAAGGAUGCAGAAGCUUAUGCUUACCUGCUUAAUGUUCUUGCACCAGAACAUUGCAAUCCAGUCACACUAGAUAUAAAGGAUCCUGCUGAACGUGUCCAAUUGGUACUUGAGCAUGCCGAGAGAAUGAAAUGCAAAAGAUACUUGACUCCAAAGGAUAUAGUUGAUGGCUCCACAAAUUUAAAUUUGGCGUUUGUUGCACAACUAUUCCAUGAAAGGAAUGGUCUAUCUAACGAUAGCAGCAAAGUCUCUUAUGCUGAGAUGAUGAAAGACGAUGAGCAAGUGUCGAGGGAAGAAAGAUGUUUUAGACUCUGGAUCAAUGGUCUUGGAAUUUCUUCGUAUGUUAAUAACUUGUUUGAGGAUGUCAGAAAUGGUUGGAUUCUUCUAGAGAUUCUAGAUAAAGUUUCUCCGGGGUCAGUUAAUUGGAAGCAAACAACUAAACCACCUAUUAAGAUGCCAUUUAGAAAAGUCGAGAAUUGUAAUCAGGCUGUUAGGAUCGGAAAAUAUUUAAGAUUCUCCCUCGUAAACAUACAAGGAAAUGACAUUGUACAAGGGAACAAAAAACUCAUACUUGCUUUCCUAUGGCAGUUGAUGAGGUAUAACAUGCUCCAACUUCUAAAGCAUUUAAGAUCGCGCUCCCAGGAGAUAACUGAUGGUUAUAUUUUGAGAUGGGCGAAUAGAAAAGUGAAAAACAUAGGUAGAACUUCCCAGAUGGAGAGUUUCAAGGAUAAAACCCUUUCAAAUGGAAUAUUCUUUCUUGAGCUUCUUACUGCAGUGGAGCCCAGAGUUGUCAAUUGGAACCUUGUAACCAAGGGUGUAAGUGAUGACGAGAAGAAAUUGAAUGCAACUUAUAUCAUAAGUGUUGCGCGAAAGCUUGGCUGCUCAAUCUUUUUACUCCCCGAAGACAUCAUGGAGGUGAACCAGAAGAUGAUGCUUAUGCUAACAGCCAGCAUCAUGUACUUUUACCUUCAACAAUCUGAUGAAGAGCCUGAAUCGACACCAUCAUCUGUUGUAGUCACACCCGAUGCAUCCCCAGCCCCAUCUAUUAAUGGCGAUGAUGACGGUUCUGUGUGUGGAGAGUACUUCAACAUGACCAUUGAUGAUGCAGCCUCUGAUACAACGUGUGCUUCAAAUAUUGAAGACAUUACUUCACUGUAAAUCUUGUUGGUUUUCUUUCCAAGAAUCAAGAAAGGUUACAUAACUAGGAAUGGACUUCAACAGUAGAUUUAAAUGACUAUAUGGUCAAAGUGUAUAUUUAAACCUCUUAAAUUGUUUUUGGGUGAUUCUUUUGAAUCAAUCACUAGUAGAUGGUAUAUUAGGCUUUUGA